AUAGUACGCAAUGUAAGCGCUAGUUUCCACCAGCCUACUUCGUACUCAAUGCGGGUUGCCUUAUUGGCCUGAUACAAGCCUCACAGCAUCUCCCUCCGUGGCUAGGGCACUGCGACCGUGGGAUGAGUCGUCCUACGCGACGCUGCGCCUCCUCACCACCCUUCUACUUGUCCGAUUGGUUAACUAAGUUAUCCACUUACAAGACGUCAACCCCAUCUUUGCGUCGGCUGUCGUUCGAACAAAGGCCGCAAAUGGCUGUUUCACAGACUCAAGAAGCGGCACGAGAAUCUUCAGGCACUCUUCUCUCGUAUCAAUCUUUCAACCAAGACAGCAAUUCUACUAUACUGUUUAUACAUGGUGCAUUUGUCGACAGUAACGACUGGGAUCUUGUCGUGCCCUACGUCCUCGAUUACCAUCUUCUACUUCUAGACUGCCCUGGACAUGGUCGAUCUUCACAUAUACCCUUCUCUAUCGAGGCAUCGGCAAAGCACAUCGCCCAUCUGAUAGAGGCAAAAGCCAUUAGUGGUCAAGCCCAUGUUGUUGGUCAUAGUCUUGGUGCCUCUAUCGCUGUUUGCCUUGCCGCGAACUACCCUCAUGUUGUUCGCUCCUUAUUCGUCUCUGGAUACAGCGCGACCCCCGUUUCCAGUGCUCCAUUAUUGCCAUACCUGCUCUAGGCCUCGAAUCACAUGGAAAACGCCAUCCCACGACCUUUUGUUCGCUGGCUCAUGGAUGGAACUGAUCUCCGCCAUACGUCUAGCGCUUCGUUGUCGCUUUGUAGACAGAUCGCGCAUACCGGCAAUGCUAAGGCGCAGCUGCAGCCGUGGUCUGCACGAACUCUGAUCAUUGUAGCGGGGAAAGGUGGAUUGAUCCCUUCCAAUGAUAGCAUAGAGGCCGCUCG